AUGCAAGUUGAAGUCAACCCCAACGAAGAUACAGAAUGGAACGAUAUUCUCCGCAAACACGGCAUUAUCCCCGAGAAGCCUCAGGACCCGGAACCUCUCAUUCAAGAAGCUCUUGUUGAGGCGGAGCGCAAAGCCUAUGAGAACCGACUAGAAGAUAAGGAUUUGGACGAACUAGACGAGCUCGAAGACGAAGAGGAUGAAGAGUUCCUUGAGCAAUAUCGGUAUGGCGCUGCCGACACUUUGCAGGCUUCUUAUGGUCGAACUACGAUCGCUAAUCCGGUAUGCAGAAAGCAACGUCUUGCAGAGCUCUCCACGCUCCAGAAAACCAGUCUAUACAACCAAGUUUACCCACUUCAGAAAGUCGACUACGGAAGAGAGGUGACUGAGGCUUCCAAUAACGCCUUUGUCCUUGUGCAUCUGUCCUCCUCAUCGAGUGGCAAUGUCGAGUCGCAGCGCUUGACGGAGUUAUGGCGGCAAUUGGCGACUAAGUUUGGCGACAUCAAGUUCUGCGAGAUUCGCGGCAAUAUGUGCAUUGAAGGGUAUCCGGAUAGAAACACUCCGACAAUCUUGGUGUACAAGGACGGCGAGAUAAGAAGACAGCUCGUAACACUAAGGGAACUUAAAGGCCCUAGGACGACGAUCGAAGAUCUCGAGAGGAUGCUCCUAGACCUAGGCGCCCUCAAGGAGAGUGAUGUACGUUUGAAGAAGCGAUCUGACGACUCAGAUGACGCUCGUCCAUCGAAGAUAAAACAGUCCCGGGUAGAAGAUGAUGAUGACUGGGACUGA